AUGAAGACAAGGAGAAGAAAAGUAUCAAGAAAGAUAUCAAAAAAGUGGCCGGCAAAGCUCGUCUCGGCGAGCACGAGUUCAUUUCCAAGUCAACUAUCGCCAUGUUGCCUUCUUUCGUGCCCGAGUUACCGGAUGGUACAGAACGCGGCAAAUUCGUCGCUAUGGAUUUGGGUGGUACGAAUUUACGAGUGA